AUGAGGCCCGUCUCCUACUUCCGCCGCUACCUUUUUGGCCUCCUGGUCUCUGGCUUCUUUCUGCAAGGCACUGAAGCUGGAAAAUGCCCUGCGCAGUGGAUGCAAUCCCAGGGCAAAUGCUAUGGAAUCUUUACUAAAGAGCUAGCAUGGCCAGAAGCGGAGGUUGAAUGCCACCGCCUUGGCCUGGGUGGCCACCUUGCCUCCUUUCUCUCGGCACCAGAGAAUGCUGCAGUGGCUAAGUACAUUAUUGCCAAUCACCCAGGUGUUAGAGGAGUCUGGAUCGGACUGCAUGAUGCCCAAAAUGCCAGUCGCUGGAGAUGGACAGAUUCUUCUACAUCCAACUUCAAACCUUGGAUAUCUGAGAAGCCCAGUGCAAAGCCAGGGGGAAAGCUCUGUGUCUUUAUGCCAGUAAAAGCAGGAUUCAUGAAGUGGGAAGAGGAGGAUUGUGAAGCAAAGAUGCCCUAUGCCUGCAAAUCAGUGUUGUAA